ACUGAUUUAAUUCUGUAUCGGGGAGUUCGCCACCAUUCUCUCUCUCUGGAGACGUGCUAUACGUCCCGCUCGUCUGACGAGUAUCCGCACCAUGGCCUCCGCCAACACCAUCGAGCUUGCUCAGACUGGCAAACGCGACGAAAUCCGCGAACUCGAGAGGAAAUACCAGGCGCGGUGGACGGAGGAGCGCGUCUUUGAAGUCAAUGCUCCGCCACAAGAGGAGCUCGCAGGUCUGUCCAAGGCAGAUAUCAAGGAAAAGUACCCCAAGUGGUUCGGCAACGUCCCCUUCCCGUACACCAACGGCUCUCUCCACCUCGGACAUGCGUUCACCAUCUCGAAAGUUGAGUUCGAGGCAGGGUUCCAGCGGAUGGUGGGCAAGCGGGUGCUCUUCCCGCACGGUUUUCAUUGCACGGGGAUGCCCAUCAAGUCCGCGUCGGACAAGAUCAUUCGUGAGAUCGAGAUGUUCGGGGAGAACUUCGAGAGGUUCCAGCCUGAGGAUGAGACCGCCCCCGCCGCACCCACGACCGACGGCCCCGCAAAGGCAGUAGACAAGGCAAAGAAGGGCAAGGUUGCGGCGAAGGCCACAGGUCUGCAAUACCAGUUCCAAAUCAUGGAGUCCAUGGGCGUACCCCGCGAGGAGAUCAAGAAAUUCGCGGAUCCCUACUUCUGGCUGCAGUACUACCCGCCCAUCUGUAUUGAGGACAACAAGUUGUUCGGCUCGAGAAUCGAUUGGCGCCGCUCGUUCAUCACUACCGACGCAAACCCGUAUUACGACUCCUUCGUCCGGUGGCAGAUGAAGAAGCUGUACAAGCUUGGCAAGAUCAAGUUCGGCGAACGGUACACGGUGUACAGCCCAAAGGACGGUCAGCCGUGCAUGGACCACGACCGUUCGGAGGGUGAGGCUCUCGGACCCACCGAGUACACCGGCAUCAAGAUGGAGGUCGUGCAAUGGAGCCCAGAUGCUGCGAAAACGAUCGAGGGCAAGGUCGGCGGCCGGAAAGUGUAUCUGGUUGCUGCUACGUUGCGGCCAGAGACGAUGUACGGGCAGACAAAUUGCUUCGUCGGCACCGCCAUCAAGUAUGGUGUGUUCGCGAUCAACGAGAAGGAGGCCUAUCUCUGCACAUACCGUGCCGCGCGGAACAUGGCGUUCCAGGGUAUUAUGGAUGUCCGCGGUCAGGUCAACCAGCUGCUGGAGGUCGAAGGGACCGCGAUCGUCGGCACCAAGAUCAAGGCGCCGUUCUCAGUAAACCCGGAGGUAUACGUGCUCCCGAUGGAUAACGUGCUCCCCAGCAAGGGUACCGGUGUCGUCACUUCGGUUCCGUCCGAUUCGCCAGAUGACUUCCAGACUGUGAUCGACCUCAAGAAGAAGCCCGAGUUUUACAAGAUCGACCCCUCAUGGGUAGCGUUCGAGCCUCUGCCGGUCAUCUCUACCCCCACCUACGGCGACAUGAUCGCCCCUGCCGUCAUUAAGCAGCUGAAGAUUCAGUCGCAGAAGGACACCAAGCAGUUGGCGGAGGCGAAAGAGAUUGCGUACAAGGAGGGCUUCUACAGCGGCACGAUGCUUGUCGGAGAGUUCAAGGGCCUCCCCGUGCAAGAGGCAAAAACGCGCGUGCGCGAACAGCUGAUUGAGGCCGGCCUGGCCUUCGCAUACGCAGAGCCAGAGGGUUUGAUCGUCUCGCGCAGCUCGGACGAGUGUGUCAUCGCGCUCAUGGAUCAGUGGUACCUGGACUACGGAGAGCCGGAGUGGAGAGCACAGGCCGAAAAGCUCGUUGCGAGGAUGGAGACGUACAACGCCGAGACCCGCAACGCGUUUGAGGGCGUCCUUGCGUGGCUGAACAAGUGGGCGUGCGCGCGGACGUAUGGCCUGGGCUCAAAGCUCCCCUGGGAUCCGCAGUUCCUCGUGGAGAGUCUGAGCGAUUCGACCAUCUAUAUGGCGUAUUACACCGUCGCCCACCUCCUCCACAGCAAGCUCGAUGGUAGCGAACCCGGCCCUCUCGGGGUUACACCAGACCAGAUGACUGACGAGGUUUGGGAAUACGUUCUGAACGACGGCGCCUGGCCGGAGCCGGCGCCACUAUCCAAGGACAAGGCGGACAGGAUGAAGAACGAGUUCGAGUACUUCUACCCCUUCGACGUGCGCUCGUCGGGCAAGGACCUGAUCCCCAACCACCUGACGUUCUGCGCAUACAACCACGCCGCAAUUUUCCCCGAGGACAAGUGGCCGUUGAGCAUGCGGGUGAACGGCCACUUGAUGGUCAACGGGCAGAAGAUGUCGAAGAGCAAGGGCAACUCUAUGACGAUGCGCCAGUGUAUCGAGAAGUUCGGUGCGGACGCGACGCGGUUGUGCUUGGCGGACGCCGGCGACGGUAUCGAGGACGCCAACUUCGACGAGAAAACCGCCAACGCCAACGUCCUCCGCUUGCAUACCUUGAUGGCAUGGUGUGAUGAAAACGUCCAGAACAAGUCUACGCUUCGCCAGGGCGCUAAGAACUACCACGACACGGUGUUCGAGCAGGAGAUCAACGACCUGAUCGCGAAGACCAAGGAGUUCUACGCGCACAUGCAGUACAAGGACGCACUCAAGUACGGCUUCUUCGAACUCCAAUCGUCGCGAGACUGGUACCGUGAAGUCACUGCGGACGUUGGCAUGCACGCCGACCUCACAGUGUGGUGGAUUCGCGUCGCGGCUCUCAUGGUCGCCCCCAUCGCCCCGCACUUCGCGGAGCACGUAUGGUCGACCAUCCUGAAGGAGCCCAAGUCCGUGCAGCUGGCACAGUGGCCCGAGCUCAGCACGCCCGUAGACCAAUCAAUCCUCGACUCCGCGGUGUACAUGCGCGGGACGAUCAAGACGAUGCGCGACGCCGAGCUGUCGCUGCUGAAGAAGAUGGGCAAGGGCAAGCAGGGCCAGGCGACGUACGACCCGAAGAAGCCGCGCGCGGUGCGCAUCUACGUCACCACGGCGUUCCCGGAGUGGCAGGAGCAGUGCGUGCAGGUUGUGAAGGAGGCGUACAGCGCGGAACACGACAAGGUCGACGACCAGAAGGCGCGCGAGCUGCUGACUGCGCGGGGCCUGAUCAAGGACAAGCGUGCCAUGCCGUUUGUACAGGCGUUCAAGAAACGGAUAUCGCAGUUCGGUGCGCAGACCGCGUUCAACCGUUCAGUGCCGUUCUCCGAGGUCAAGGUGCUGCACGAGAUCCUGCCGUACCUCAAGCGCACGCUGAACCUCGAGGACGCCGAGGUGCACCUGGCGGACGACGCGAAGCAAAAGGACCUGUCCACCCUCACGAAAGCCCUCAUCGAGAGCGCGGAGCCUGGCAACCCAGCAUUCGAGUACUACAACGUUUGAUGUGCACCGUCUUGUUUCUUGUGCGUGGGGUAGAAUAUACAACUGCUGUGUUCAAUGUGCAUUAGAAUUUGCUUUCAAAACCAAUGAUACGACUCCCUUCCGCUCUACACGUAUGAUAAUAGUAGUAUCCCGGCAGUAGGUACCGAAAGUCGCCCGUCUCCCCAAAGCUAGCCCUUUUCCCCUUGGAACACAUUACUCAUCGAAGCACGACAAGAGGCCCGACGGUGUAAGCUUCUGCAGCACGACCCCCUGCGUCGCCGCGUCCACAUCCGCUUUCGUGCUCGCGUUCAUGACCGACACGCUCGCGAAGCACCCCGCGUCGACCACCGUGCGCUCAUCCGGCAGCACCGUGCUCCCACACGUCUGCGCGUCCUUCGUCCCCGAGCUCGGCGGCAGGAUCCGCGUGAACACCCACUGGAAGUCGCU